AAUGAGAUUUCGAAAAUACCCUAAAAAAUUGGGUUUUUGUUGCUUGUGGAAAGGUCAAGCUUUCCUUUUUUUAUGAACCUUAAAAUAGUAAAUUCUUUUUUCUUUUUUUUUUGUUUUUAAAUUACCCCAACCCUAAACCUCUCUGAUGACCGGGGAUGGCCGACGUUCGCGCUACCCUCCACGUCUCCAACAUUCCCCACACGGCAGUCGCUGCAGAGCUUUUCGACUACUUCGAUGCUUCCGUGGGUUCCGUCUACGCCUGCAAGAUCGCCACCGCCCGCAGGAACUGGAAGUCCAAGGGUUUCGGCCGCGUCCAGUUCGACACCUUUGCCGCCGCUGAGCGGGCUCGUCUCCUUGAUGACGAAGGCCGCCUGCCCUUAUUCCAACACGCCCGCCUUACCGUCUCCCCUUCCCACAACGACAUUGUUGUUAGGGCCUCUGAGGGCCAGAACCGCCUUGAGGCAGCCGCGCUUCAUGCCGGUGUGCUAGUGGGCGAAGGCCACAUGGAAAUCUUCGAGGCUUGGGAGCAGGUGAGGGUGGAGAUCAUGCCAGAGAGGAAAAAGCUGGAGCUUUUUGUGGACUAUGGCGGUGAGAAAUAUAAGCUCGAGGUUUUGUUUGGAGACAUUCUUGAAUCGAGUAGCUGUUGCUUGGAUGGACGAGAAUCAAUUCUUCUACAGCUCCAAUAUGCACCUAGAUGUUUUGUAAGGAUCCAUGGACUUGAGAAGGAGUCCAACGAUCGUUUCCGAGUUUGCAGAGAGGAUAUCCAGUUUUUAUGGGUCCGGACAACAGAUUUUUCUCCAAAUGGCUCUAUUGGGAAAUCAUUUUAUUACUGUUUGCAACUUUCGGAUGGACUCUCAUGUGCAGAGAUCCUUAGAAAACUGCCCUUCUCUAGGGCACUCGGGGAACUAAUCCUUUCUAAAAGGAAAUCAUCUUCUUCUUCCUCCUUAGUUUCCUUUAAUUGCCUUGGUGAUUGCUCUGUGCCAUAUGAGAUUCUUUACCAGAUAAAUUCUCUAGUCCAUAUGCAGAAAAUAACUUUCAGACAAGUUACCAUUGACCUAUUUGAUAUUCUGAAAGGAUUGCCUUCAGACGUAGCUAUUAAGAUCCUCAUGAAGAUGCACAAGUUGGUUUCAACUUGUUAUGAUCCUGUACAGUUCAUCAAAGAUGAGCUGUCUAGGAUAAAAAGAUCUAGCACUUCUCCAUUCAGCAAGAGUAUUAUAGCACAGAAUAUGAUGAGUUGCUAUAGAGUUCUCGUUACCCCCUCUAGAAUUUACUGUUUGGGUCCAGAACUUGAGAAGUCAAAUUAUGUAGUAAAGCAUUUUUCUGCUCAUGCAUCUGAUUUCCUUAGGGUAACUUUUGUUGAUGAAGAUUGGAGCAAGCUUCCUUCUGAUGCAAUCUCAGCAAAAAUUGACAGUGGUGUGUUUUCUGAACCUUUCAGAACUGCUAUCUAUACUCGUAUACUAUCUAUUCUCAGAGAUGGGCUUCCCAUUUGCUCAAAAAAGUUUGAGUUUUUGGCAUUUUCUGCUAGUCAGCUUCGGUCAAAUUCUGUAUGGAUGUUUGCCUCUAAUGAUAAUUUGACUGCAGAAUCCAUUAGAAAAUGGAUGGGUCAUUUCAAUGGCAUUCGUAGUGUUUCUAAGUGUGCAGCUAGAAUGGGUCAGCUAUUCAGUUCUUCGAUGCAAACAAUGAAUGUCCCACCUCCAGAUGUGAAGAUCAUUCCAGAUGUUGAAAUCACCACUGAAGAUGGGAAGAAAUACUGCUUUUCAGAUGGUAUUGGGAAAAUUUCAUUGCCAUUUGCUAGACAAAUUGCUCAAAAGUGUGGAUUAAGUAAUACGCCUUCAGCGUUUCAAAUUAGAUACGGUGGAUAUAAAGGGGUAAUAGUUAGUGAUAGAAAAUCUUUUUGGAAGCUGUCCUUGAGGCGAAGUAUGCUGAAGUUUGAGUCAGCUAACACAAUGCUUAGUGUCACAAAGUGGAGUGAAUAUCAACCAUGCUUUCUGAAUAGGGAGAUUGUGUGCCUUCUGUCUACACUAGGAGUCAAGGAUGAAAUAUUUGAAUCGAUGCAACAUGACCAAAUGCAGUUGCUAGAUAAAAUGCUUACUGACACGGAAAUUGCCUUAAGGGUACUGGAUACACUGUCUGGACCUGAUAUCAGAACUGCUGUAAAGAUGCUCAUUCAAGGGUAUAAACCGAAUUCAGAACCUUAUCUGUUGAUGAUGCUUAAAGCUCAUCGAGAAUAUCAGUUAUUGGAUAUCAGAAGUAAAUGUCGGAUCUUUGUACCAAAGGGUCGUGUUCUUAUUGGAUGUUUGGAUGAAACAUCUGUGUUAGACUAUGGCCAGGUAUAUAUCAAGGUAACUAUGACAAAGGAAGAGCUUCAAAAGGAGAAUACAAAUUUUAUAAAAAAUGCUGACCAAAUAACUGCAACAAUAGUUGGCAAGGUUCUAGUUACAAAAAAUCCAUGUCUUCAUCCUGGUGAUAUUCGAGUCCUACAGGCCGUUUAUGAUCCUCUGAUAGAUUAUUUGGGAUUAGUUGACUGCCUUAUUUUCCCUCAGAAAGGUAAAAGGCCCCAUCCAAAUGAAUGUUCAGGUGGAGAUCUGGAUGGUGACCUCUACUUUGUUUGUUGGGAUGAAAACCUAAUACCUCCUGAGACUGAUGCACCCAUGGAUUACACCCCCACGAGGCCUCGUAUAAUGGACCAUGAUGUGAAACUAGAGGAAAUUCAGAAGUAUUUUGUCAAUUACAUGAUCAAUGAUAAUCUCGGCGCUAUAUCGACCACUCAUCUGGUUUAUGCAGAUAGCGAACCGAGCAAAGCAAGGUGUUCCAAGUGCCUCGAACUAGCAAAUCUUCACUCCAUGGCAGUCGACUUUGCAAAAACUGGAGCUCCUGCAGAAAUGCCAAGAGCACUACGACCCAAAAUAUUCCCAGACUUCAUGGAAAGAUUCGAGAAACCCAUGUUCAAUUCCCCUGGAGUCAUUGGGAAGCUAUAUCGAGCAGCAUCAAGUUAUCAUGAGGAUUUAAAUUCUGAAACCAUCACUUCUCAAUGUGUUUACGACUAUGAUCUACUAGUUGAAGGUUUUGAGGCAUUCCUUGGUGCUGCAGAAGAAUAUUACAGCCGGUACGCCGAGAAACUGGGCUCACUGAUGAAUUACUAUGGAGCAGAACAUGAAGAUGAGAUCCUGACUGGCAACUUGCGCAAUAAGUCUGCGUACUUACAAAAGGAUCGGAAGAGAUACGGAGAAAUGAAGGACCGGAUGUUGAUUGGGGUCAAAAACUUGAAGGAAGAGGUCGACGGUUGGUUCAAGUGCAGCUGCCCGGAAAAAGACUUAUUCAAGAUGGCAUCGGCAUGGUAUCAAGUGACCUACCAUCCGGACUAUCGUCCGGAAACUCGAUUCCUUAGCUUCCCUUGGAUAGUAAGUGAUGUUUUGCUGAGGAUAAAGGCGGCAAGGGCUAGGAAGAGUUGAAUGUCAUGGCAAGUGUGUGUUCAUAUGUAUUUCUUGUGCAUUAUCUAAACAGUUACAUUGUCUUACUCUGGUCCACCUAAGUAUAAUGUUGAGUUUGUAUGAUAAAGAUGGGUGUUUUCUAUUGGUGCAGUGGAGGUGGACAAGAAGGGAGUGAAUUGUCGAAAAAAAAGAAACUAUUAAGUGUGUAUGAUAGAGAUGGUGUUUUCUACAGUCAAGUGGAGUGUUAUUCCACUUAUUAGAAACUGCCUCAAUUUAAUUAACAGAAAA